CUUGUUCCUUCCUGUACGCACCGCGCGCGCCGCACGCACCGUGAGACGCAGGAGCACCGUCCGAGGGCCCGACCGACACACAAGGGACCGCCGGGCAGCGUCGACGCCCGCGUCGGCGGCGCGCGGGCUGCCCCUCGCGUCGCCUCAAACAUUUAGUGCCCGUGCUGCCGCCCGCAAAUCCGCACGCGAGCGCCAGCCAACCGCGAGGACCACCGCCGAGGCACGCGAGGACGCCAUGGCCGCCCAGUACGUGGCCGCGCUCGCCGCGCGGCUGCCCGAGGACCCGCGCCACCACCACGGCGUCGCGCUCGCCGAGGUCUUCGCCGCGACCAAGCCCCGCGGCCAGGCCGCCGUCGUCCUCUCCUACCUCACGGCGUCCACUGAUGCAAGCUCCUACCAGAUCCUCGACGAGCAGGGCACGGUGGUGGGUUGCUCCGACGGCUGGCUCCGUGUCAUCGGCUACACGGCCGCGGAGGCAUUAGGUCGAAGCUCGCGCCACCUCCACGGCCCGCGCACGAACUUCCACGCGGUGCAGAAGGUCGAGGAGGCCAUGCGCCGCGGCGAGCCCGCCGCGUCGCGCCUCAGCUACUACCGGAGAGACGGCACGACCUUCGAGAACGACUUCAUCGUCAUUCCCCUGCAAGCGUCGAACGACAACCUCUUCUACGUGUCCAUCCACGAGCGCGACCCGCCGCUCGACUGGUCGCUCGCCGACGCGCAGCCGCCGUCCGACGUUAAAUUGCACCUGAUCACGCCCGACGCGUCGGCGUCGCGGCACGGCUCGGAGCGCUCGGGCUCUUCAUCAUCGCGCGACCAGCGGAGCGACUCGUCCUCGAACUCCGCGCGGAGCGGCUCCGAAUCGCCGCCCCAGGCGUCGCGCGAGAUGUCCUUCACCGACUCCAUGUUCCCCCUGUGAUUGCCCCACCCCCGUUUUCUCCCGCGCUGCACACGCGCGCCGGGCAUUUUAAAGACUUCGCUAAGAAAUGCGGA